AUGGUUCCUGAAAUAAAUGAUUGCGUUUCAAUAUGUCCGAUGACUAUAUAUGCUAGUGAUAUUCUGAACGACUGUCCAACAGCCUUAUGUAGAUCCCAAACCUCCAAAGGUAACACAACAGGGAAGAAUGAUAUGAAUAAUACAUAUGAAAUAAUUCGACGCCAAGUGACAUCUCUUUUACUUUUCUAUUCUCAGGACAAUAAAAAUACUUUUUUAAUUCUCGGAACGACUAACGGCGAAGUUUUAUUCAUACCUCUUGAUGAUACGAAAGAAACUUCCGAUAUAUCCAAGCAUGAGAUUAGUUCGUCAUCACCAGUAACAGCUCUAGCUUUCGGCAAAAUAACAUCACAAGAAGGACCGGAAGUGGUAGCCAUAUGUGCCGAUGGAACCACUGUAGCCCUUAAUCCUCCUAAUUUAGUUGGAACUUGGGUGCCGGAUCUCGUUUUCGAACAGAGAUUACAGGCUAACAUCACGACGGCAUUCAUCACUGAUAUAGACAAGGAUAAUCACCAGGAGUUAGUAGCUGUGCUCACUGAUAGAGUAGUUAGGACUUUUCGUUGGAGUCAAAAUGACAAGAGGUUGCUUCCCAUCAACAAAUGGGAAGUGCCAUGCCAAAUAACUGCUUUCGGAAUAGGCGAAGGAAUGAACAGGAAAAUGGAAGUAUGGUUAUCACAAUUGGAUAACACAUACUAUGCAUGCUUGCCUCUCUCAGGUAAAUCGGAAGUGAAUAUCUGCCGGCACAACUGCUAUCGAGAUCGAGCGUUAAUGGCUAUUCCUGCUAAAACAGAUUUCACCAGUGUUCUAGGAUCACUUAUCAACCAUGUUGUUAUAGUUUCAAAUAAUCAGGAAAAAGUUUUGCGGCAUUUCGGAUGGCCGGUUAUAGCGACAUCAAUAGUUAACUUUUCACAUUUCACCGUGAUCAUCACCCUUCACUUACGUGGCCAAGUUCUCUUAUAUGCAUUUAGUAACAAGACUGGACUUAAGGAAUCUGAAGUAUACCCAUAUGAAAAGUUUACAUCUCUUCCAGCUAGCGAGAGGUUAUACGCCAUUCCCAAGAACUACAGUGUCUUGAUUGGUGUAUCCGAUUGUGAAGGACGUUAUGUUGUAAUCACAUAA